AUGGCUAUGUGUUUUAUCCACAUGUUUGGAAAUGCAUUUUCUUUACCAGGAAAGAAAGCCACUAAUCCUGAAGCCAAUAUGAAUAUUAGUGAGAUAAUUUCUUACUGGGGUCACCCAAGUGAAAAGUAUGAAGUUAUCACUACAGAUGGCUACAUCCUUCAGCUCAACCGGAUUCCUCAUGGGAAGAAUGAUGCUAAUCAUUUAGACCAAAACCCAGUUGUGUAUUUACAAUAUGGUCUGUUUAUAACUGGCAGUGUCUGGAUUUCCAAUCUUCCCAACCGUAGCCCAGGCUUCCUUCUGGCAGAUGCUGGGUAUGAUGUGCGGAUGGGGAACAGCAGGGGAAGUAGGUGGUCCCAGAAACACUUAUACCUGAAAACAGAGUCCAAUGAAUUCUGGGCUUUCAGUUAUGAUGAAAUGAUAAAAUAUGAUCUUCCAGCCACCACUGAUUUUUUUGUGAAGAAAAUAGGACAAAAACAAAUGUACUAUGUAGGCUAUUCCCUGGGAACAACUAUAGGUUUUGGAGCAUUUGCAACCAAUCCACAACUGGCUGAAAAGAUUAAAAUCUAUUUUGCACUGGCUCCAGUCAAUACUCUUAGAUAUAUAAUAACUAUAGUUUGUGGUCUUGCUUCCAUUGAACCAACAUUAUUCAAGCCCACUCCUCUAUUUUAUGAUAUGAGGAACAUGAAGGUUUCAACUGCAAUGUGGAGUGGUGGACGGGACAAUUUGGCCAACCCAAUAGAUGUUUAG